AUGGGAUAUCUAACUGAAUAUGAGUUAGAUAAAUUAAAUGAUAUCAAUGAGGGAAUUUCUAAACUGUGCGAUGAACUUAAACAAUAUGAAUUAAAUGAAGAGUUUCAAAAAUCAUAUAACAAAACCAAGGGAGAAGUUGAGAAGUUUGCACGUUUUAUUUCAGAGAGGAAAGAACGUAAGAUUGAUAGAGAUCUCAAUGAUUAUUCUUCUGACACAAUCUACUCUUGGGGGCAGAACAAGACUGCUAGUCUAGAUGUAGACACAUCAGACAGAGAAGGUGAUAGUACAGAUGUAGAUUUAUCUGAUGGCGAAAUCUUACCUAGAACUAUCCUGAAAAAUAGAAUUGUACCUCAUAAAAUCAACAAUACCAAUAUCCCUUUAGGCGGAGAACCAGAAGGGGCCGUAAAAAUCGGGACCAGAACCCGCAGACAAGUAAAAUUCAGUCACAAAUCACAACACAAAAAGAAAGGCUUAUCAUUCAUACCCACACCAAAUUUAAACAAAUUUGAGGCUAUCAAGGAUAUUCACUUAUUCACCCGAAAAAUUCUCCUUAAAAAAUAUUUCAGUAAUUCUGAAUCUGAUACUCUCAAUGCCAAUGAUCAAGCUGCCAUUAAUGAUUUAAUUGCAUUGUUAGAUGAAGCCAUUAGCUGCAAUUCUGACAAUGAGGACACUAGCUGGCAAGCUAUCCUAAAAACUAAGUCCAAAUUUGUACCUCCCAAUCAUACGUCAUAUAACACACUGACCUUUCUUAAUCUUGUAUGUCAAGAUAUUUUAGACAUACAGGACAGCAGUGGCAUUACCAAUCAUAAUCUGUCUAAUGAAGAAAUUAAAGCCCUGAAACAAUUGAAAAAUAUGAAAGGUUUACAAAUAAAAAGCAGUGACAAAGGCGGCAACAUCGUUGUUUGGCCUGACACUAUGUAUAGGGAGGAAGCAUUACGUCAGCUUAACAAUUCAUCUAACUAUAAGCCACUUCUAUGUAACCCUACAGAGAUGUUUCUCAACAGUUACAAUAAAUUGAUUCGUUCAGCCUUUGACAAUGGUGUUAUAGAUCAGAAGGAAUUUAAAUUUCUAGAAAUUUUUACUUGUGGAGCAGGAACCCGCAAGUAUGAAGACAGCAGCAUCCCGUUGGGAGGAUUGGUGAAUGCAAGAUACUUUCGCUUCAAUUGGGGACAAGAAUUGGAUAUACACUAUUUGUCCCUGGUACUACUUGUUAAACUUACAAUAAAUGUUACAUUUUUUGAAACUCCAGUGCUCAUCAAUCUCUAUUUCCUUGGUGGUACAAGUGACUGUGACCCAACUAUACUGAGACAAAUGAAGUGCAGUGUUUUGAAACUGACCCUUUCUAUGCUGGUGGAGACUCGAGGAGUCCCUCUAGACAGGACAUUUGCAUUUAUCGACAUGUUGAGCUGUUAUGCCGUUGACAAACGGGAUAACAGAUUUCCUCAUGGUACUUCAACACAGUCUCAACUUAAGCUAAAUGGACACCAGUCUGGUCAACCACCUCAAUAUAGAGGCAUGAUGCCUCCAUUUGCUGGAAAUAUGUUCCCUUCAUACCCAAGGCUUCCAUUCCCAUCAAUACAAGGCCCUAACAGAUUUCCAACACCUGUAGAAGUCAGCAGAUCACUCAGAGGAAGAACAGCAGCAUCCUGGCCUAAGGAGGCUGUUGAACGUCCUUCCAUCAUUAGUGCUAAUGAACUUAAGCAGCUAGAUAACCUGGAAACAGAAGCAGAUGAAGGCUGGGCAGGUGCACAAAGUGAAGUGGAUUAUACAGAGAAGCUCAACUUUAGUGACGACGACGAACAGUCUCCUAACCAUAAAGAAAAAACAGAGAGCUGGGAUGAUCGAAUUUCCAAAACUGAGCUAAAUCAAUCAAAACUCUCUGAAAGUUAUGAUGGCCAUAGAGAACCAGUAGACAGACUUGCAGUUAACAUUUGUCAAACACUUGCUCCUUCUGGAUCUAAAGGAUUGUUUGGAAAAGGACCCACUCUUGACUCCCAGCAUCCUCCUCAGGGUCGCCCAGUUUCUUCAAAUCGUACAGCUCUUUUAUCGCGUCCCAACGAAGAUGAGCUGUGGAAACAGAGACGACGGCAGCAAGCAGAUAUUUCAGCUGCAGUGGAGAGAGCCCGUAAGAGGCGAGAAGAGGAGGAACGAAGGAUGGUAGAGCAGAGAAAAGCUGCCUGUGCAGAGAAACUAAAACGUUUAAAUGAAAAGUUUGCUUCAUUAGCGGCUAUCUCUUCUACUUCAUCUUCGGCUGCCUUGACAGAGAAACAGUUGUCUGAGAGAACUCCAGAGGAAAAAUCUCCCACUGAACUACCUCAAGAGCCUCCACAUACAGCUGAGAAAAUACCUAUUGAGCUACCUGUAGAGGAAUUUAAAUGUAAAAGACCUGCCUCACCAGGACAACCUGAAAAAAAGAAUGAUCUAUCUAAACCUGAUGGUGAUCUUCCACAGGAGGAUGAAAACAUGGUUUCCGAGCAUAAAACCUCUAAUAUAGCAGAAGAACCAGCUUUUGACAGGAUGCCAUUGGAAAGAAUGAACUCCCCAUCUGCUGUACCUACUCAGCUUUCAACCAGUGUCUCAAUUCUUCCACCUUCUUCAGUGUCAGCAUCUAUUACAACACCUUCACCAGCACCUUCCCUUUCCCCAGUCUCUGUGACAAUACAUGAACAUGAUGUAGAACCUGGUAAUCAGUCACGCCCAACAUUAUCAUCUAGCUAUUCAAAGCAAUUUCAGAAGUCAUUGCCUCCAAGGUUUCAAAGACAACAGGAGCAAAUGAAACAGCAGCAGUGGCAGCAACAGCAAGGUGUGCUGUCUCAGCCUGUUCAAUCUCAGCCAUCAGGUAGUCCUGUCCCUCCACCACAACACAGACCUCUGUACCAGUCUGUGGGACCUCAUCCUCAGCAUUUGGCUUCAAUGGGCUUUGACCCCCACUGGCUAAUGAUGCAGCCUUAUAUGGACCCCCGCAUUAUAUCUGGCCGACCUAUGGAUAUGACGCCUAUGCAUCCAGGGAUUAUACCAACUAAGCCUUUAAUGAGGAGAGAUCAAAUAGAGGGCCAAACUGCUUCCUCUGAGCCCUUUGAGCACAUGACACAACCAAUAAGAGAUUCUGGAAUUCCAUUAUCUGAAUCUCGUGUGAUGUGGGGAACUGAGUCUUACCAACAUAAAGAUCUUCAUCAGGUUGCCACUUCCCCUAAAGCACCAGAAAAUGCUAUAGAUUUCAGAAAUGAGAAUACUGUUGAGCAACAAGUUAUCCCUGAAUCCUACACAGUAGAACAUAUCUCCUUUGGACCACAAACCAAAUCUGAUUUUUUCUCAGACUCUCAAGAGCUUAACCUUCAUACAUCACAAUUGCAGCAACCAGAAUCUGUUGAAUUUCUUCAAUCUGAAGAAUUAUCUAUCUCAGUUUCUUGCUUUCAGCAAUCACAAAAUCAGUACUCUGUGGCAGAGGACACCCCUAAUGCUGAUACUUACCCUGCCUUAAGCAGAAGCAUUUCAAAUGAUUCAAUUCAAAACCUAAAACUGGAGAAGAGAAGUGUUGAGGCAGUGACCUUGAACCCCAAAGUUCCCAUUAGACUAUCUGAACCCAUACAAGAUGAUGCAGAUGACAAAGCAAUUAAAGAGUGUUUUCAGUCACCCAAACCCACAGAAGUUUGCAAAAUUGAGAAACCAUUCAAAGCCAAGUCUGAAACUAGAUGGGGUCCUCGCCCAGGGUCCAGAGGCAGAGAGGAUAGACCUGUGAGAAGGUCUGGCCCAAUAAAGAAGCCUGUUCUUCGUGAUAUGAAAGAAGAAAGGGAACAGAGGAAAGAAAAAGAAGAGGAACAUUUUUAUCAUGAUAAACCUGUUAAACAAGAGAAAACAGAAAGGAAAUCCUUAACUUCACCAAAUCCUCUAGAUGAAAUUCCUAUGCCUGAACAGCAGCAACCAAUCCCAGAAACAGAGUCUCAACCUAAUGCAUCACAAUCAAGCUUGUUGCAUUUAGAAACAUUAGCAGAAAAUACUGUGGGGUCUGUUUCCAAACCUUUGGUACAGCCAGUAUUAGUCACUCAUUCAAAUAAGGAAGAUAAGAAUAUGCAAGUGGUACCCAAAGAACAGUCUUUUGAUACAUCUAAACUAGAAAUCAAACCUCCAGUAGCAUCCAUUCCAUCACAUGCCACAGUACCACAUCGUAGGGAGCAUGGACUUCCUCCCAGGUCAUUUAGAAAGGAAUUUAGGGAUAGAGAUUGGUUUCCAGAUCAAGGAUACCGUGGAAGAAGCCGUGGUGAAUAUUACUCCAGAGGCCGAAGCUACAGGGGGUCAUAUGGUGGAAGAAGCAGAGGAGUAAGAGGGCCAAGUCGUGACUACCCGCAUUAUAGAGAUACCAAGCAGCAAGACCUUCCUGGAGCCAUAAGACAUAGGGAAGAAAGUGAAACACGGAGUGAAAGUUCAGACUUUGAAGUAAUGCCAAAAAGACGUAGACAACGAGGAUCUGAAACAGAGACUGAUAGUGAGGUUCAUGAGAGUGCCAGUGACACUCCUUUGUCUGACAAAGAGGGUGUUGGCAGAAUUAUGCCCCGUAGAGAUGAGCGAAGUGAAGAAAAAAACCCACCAACUAAUCUUCCAGUUUUAAAAUCAGAAUCUGUAGGAUCAAUGUCUGAUAUAAGGAUUGAAAGAUCUUUCUCUAGAGAGGAUGACUCUAAAACGAGACCUGGCUUCUUGCCAAAAGGUGAGCCAUCUCGAAGAGGAAGAGGUGUGAGUGGAUUCCGACAUAGAGGCAGAGAACCAGGAGUCCGUCCAGCACGGCCACCUCCACCUAGGAGACCUGGCUAUAGGGACAAUCAGUGGAUUACAAGGCAACAGGAGUCCAGACAUCCUCCACAGUCAAGGAUGGAUGAAGGUGUAAUUAGGGAACAGGAGCACUUAACACUACCAUCUAGGGAUAAGAGACAUUUGAACAAAUAUGAAAGAAAGUUUGAUAUAACAAAAGAGAGACCCAAGAAACAAAGGCUAGCACGUCCACCAAGGCAGGAUAAGCCUCCUAGGUUCAGGCGUUUAAAAGAGAGAGACAGGGAUGAUACAGAUUUAACAGGAAACAAAACACCAGACCUUUCCAAUCAUAAUUCUUCUGAUCAGGCCAAUGAGGAAUGGGAAACUGCUUCUGAAAGCAGUGACUUCAAUGAAAGGCGGGAGAGGGAUGAAAAUAAAGUAGCCUCUUCAACUACUACUCAGUUGCUUGUCCACACAAAGACACUAGAAGGUUUGACACAAUCUCCUCCAAAGAGAGAGUGUACUAAAAGAAGCUUUUCCAGUCAAAGACCGGGAAUAGAUCGUCAGAAUCGCCGUGUGAAUGCUGGACCACAGAAACCUGGCAGACAUUACUCUGGGCCAAGGGGUGAAAGAAGAAAUGGUACCUCUUUACAGAGAGGAAAAAAAGGGCCGCUUGAUGAACAUAUUCCAGGAAUAUCUAUAGUAGAUCAUUCUGUUAGUGUAACUAAUCACUAUCACUCAUACCACUUAUACACUGAAGAAGCUAGCAAUGCUUUAGCACCACAGAAAGGUGGCAGAGAGUCUGCUGGCAAGAAGAAAGAAGAACCUAGGCCCAUAACAAAGAAGUCUAAAGAAAAGGUGGAUGCCUUGUCACAGUUCGACCUAAACAAUUAUGCAAGUGUUGUUAUUAUAGAUGAUCACCCUGAGGUAACAACCCUUGAAGACUCUCAGUCUAAUAUCAAUGAUGGUUUUACAGAAGUAGUCUCUAAAAAGCAGCAGAAACGUUUGCAGGAUGAAGAACGUAGGAAGAAAGAAGAGCAAACUGUACAGAUUUGGACCAAAAAGGGUUCAACUGAAAAAGGAAGAAAUCAGAAUUCAAAACUUCCACCUCGGUUUGUGAAAAAGCAACAACAGCAAGCUGCUGCUUUACAGAUCCAGUCUCCUGUGAUAGCAUCUCCCUACGUUCCAGUACAAACAGUUCAAGCAAGCCAAGCUACAGCACCUGUUCAGCCUCAGACAGCAUCAACAAAUAAUUCUGAAUUUUCAGGACAAACCAAAGCCCCACCUGCUUCCCAGCUGCAUAACACACUGGGAACUGAACUAUGGGAGAAUAAGAUUGUGCUAAAUGACUUGUCCAAGAAAAUGGGUCAGAAAAAUCUUCCCCAACCACCACCUUCCAGUGCAUGGAGUAAGCCUCUAACAGGUUGUGUGCCACCUACAACACCAGAGGCUUCUAGUCAAGAAACUUCCAUAGACUUGGCAAUAGAAUCAAUCCAGUUUGGAGCCCCUGUUUCUAGCAGCAGUGAUAAUGAAGGUGGUUCUACAUUGUCUGAUAAAGUUACUGAUUCACUACCUGAGCCAAAAGAGCAGAGACAAAAGCAACCACGUGUCGGCACAAUUAAAUCACACAAGAUCACAGAUAUCAGUCUUAUUCAAAAUAAAGGAUACAAGCCAGGUCCUAUUGGUAAAGAGCGAUCUUUGAAAAAUCGCAAAGUGAAAGAGGUACAACAACAAGUAGAGCCAGAAACUCAGGAAAACUCGAUCCCAGCCACAGGGCUGAUGCCAGAAUCUGUUCCACAGAAAGAAAGCACAGUAGUAACAGAAGUUACCACGGAAAUAAGCAGCAUACUAUCUGUUUCUGCUCCAGAAUUUGGAACCAGCUCUAAGGACUCUGUAAUCGAUUACACCAGCCCAUCCAGUUCAAUUCCAAAUGUUCCAACUCCAUCCAGCAGCAAAAUAGAUUCUACUCUAGUGUCCAGCGUACCACUGUCUCAUACUCUUCCCCUUCCAAGAAGAGAGACACUCCAACAAAACUCGAGUUUGACACCAGUGUCUCCAGCUACUGUUGACCUUACUCUAAAGAUGGAGUCUGCUCGCAAGGCAUGGGAAAACUCUCCAAGCAUUGGAGAAAAAGGAUCACCAAUCACCUCUGUUGCACCUCCCAGUACCAGCACAGUUGCAGUUGGACCUUCUACAAGCUCCAACAGUGGAGUAGUUGGAGUUUCAGCCAGUAGUAGCAGUGCAGUGUCUCCCACUCAAAACAGCAUACCAUAUAACUCAUUUUCUAUCACAUCUAUUGCCCCAAUACCUGUGGCAUCAGUCACAACAACCACCAAUUUAGCAGGUGCCGUAACAUAUACUACAUCUUCCCAUAGUACAAAAACAUCAACUUCUGACCCACCAAACAUUUGUAAGGUGAAACCACAGCAACUUCAGAGCAGCAGCAAUCUAUCAUCCUCUAACCAUUUCUCCCAACUCAGUUGCAUACAGUCCAUAGCACAGAAGCAGAGCACCCAGGUCUACGUUUCCCAAUCAGCGGCAGGACCUGCAGCUCAGAUUCCUGCCUUCUAUAUGGACACUAGUCACCUCUUCAGCAGUCCGCAUGCACGAUUAGCUCCCCCGACGCUGACACAGCAACAAGGAUUCCAACCAGGACUCUCUCAGAUUCCUAUUCCCAUCUAUGCUCCUCUGCAAGGUCAACAUCAAGCUCAGCUUGGUUUAGCACCUGGCCCAUCUGUAUCUCAAGCACAAGAGUUGUUUACUACUUCCUUACAACCGUACAGGUCCCAACAGGCAUUUCUUCAGAACAACCUAUCUCAGCCCUCUCCUGUUGUCUUAUCUGGAGCUACUCUACAUAACUUCCCUGGGGUUCAACACCAAGACCUAACUAAGGCUCAGUCUAGUAUGGCUUAUCAACAGACCUCUAGUGCACAACCUAUUCCUUUCUUAUAUGAACACCAAAUAGGCCAGUCUGGUCUAGGAGGUUCUCAACUAAUUGAUACACACAUUCUGCAGACACGUCAAGGUUUGGGGCAGCAAAACCUUUACUCAGGGCAGGUCCAGCAGACUAAUCAAGCCAACUUUUACAACACAGCUCAGUCUCCUACAGCUCUUCAGCAAAUGACAGUAUCAAUGCAAGGAUCACAGCUGUCAUUGCCCAGCUUUGGCUCUACUACAGGUCAGCCUCUCAUUGCCUUGCCCCAGACCCUGCAACCAGCACCACAGACUCAGCACCAGAAUCUUUCUAGGGCAGGCCAAGUUAGUCAAGGUUACCGUAGCCUCAUACCUACAGGCAGUCAACAUGGUAUUAUGGCCACUACUGCCAAGGUAACCGAUAUUGAUCUUAAACCUUAUGGUGGUGGUUUGGAUUACGUGAAACCUGGUACACCACCUGGAAGAAGCACAACUCCAACAUCAAGUCCUUUUCGCACCAGAUCUACAAGUCCCAACAGUCAGAUCAGCAAAAUAAACUGUCUGGCUUACCAGAAGCACCAGUAUUCUUCAACUGCAUCUAGUAUAAGGCUGGGUCAGGCUCCCUUUCCUACGCAAUUUCCUCCUCAGAUUAUCUCACAGCCUAGCCUUGUCCCUUCAUUGGUCCGAACACCUCACCCAAACACCUUUCAACCUCCAGUUCAACGGCAGCCCAUGGCACUACCUAGUCAGACGCAGCCACAGAUGCCCACAAGUUUGAUGAGUCAUCCUCGCCUUCACCACAUGUCUCGGGCACAUCCUGUUCCACCAUCAAGUGUGCGGGUAACUCCAGCACAUGCUGCUAUGAAGGCUGAACAGGAAUUAAAGGCAAAACAGAGAGCAGAGGUUCUACAAUCAACACAUCGUUUCUUUGAGCAGCAGCAUCAACAGAGCAAACCCUUCCAUCCCAAACUUCCAAACAAUACCGCUGUUUCCACUAAAACUUCAGACACCCUUUCGGAUGCCCCAAUGAUUGCACAGGACAAUGUUGAGAACACCAAACCUGCUUCUCCUUUGGCUCCAGUCAUAGUGCCAGCCUCUGCUAAACCCAUCAGAACUGGACCAAUUAAACCUCAAGCCAUCAAAACAGAAGAGACAAAAUCAUAGAGACAGUUGUUUUCCGUGUUAUGUCGGAAGUAUAACACUGAGAUGAAUUAAUAUUUUUCUUUUUUUUUUUUAAACUAAAAGAUGCAGCAACCUAUAAAUUUGAAUGUGGACUUUAGAAAUGUGCAAAUGAUAACACCACUUUAACACCACUUCCAUUUAAGGUUUUGUAAAUUGAGAAAUAUUUUAUUCAUGGUGGGUCCAACUACGUGCACAUUUUCGAUUUUAUGAAUACAUGAGGGGCUGCAAUUUUGUGCUUACAUGAGGGGCUGCACUUUUCAGUUUGGAUUGACAUGUCACUACUGUAUGGUUAGAAAUUCUGGUAAUGCAGAAUUUAUUUUCAUUGGCCACACUGAGACAGAAAGGGCUUAAAUACAAUGCAAUGUAAUUUGGAAACCCAAACACGCUUUAUGGUCUUGUUUUGGGUUAAGCUUAUUGAUUUUAUCUCACACACUGUAUUUGGCUUUGUAAAAAUGUAUGGUUCCUUUUUAUAAAACCUUAAUUUUGUUUGGGCCUUGUAAUAAAGCAGGCCCCCCCGACUGACAAGAUUAAAUACUGGAACCAACCAAAUUUCUGCAGUUCUAAAUACACUUAGCCUGAUGCUUUCUAUUUAUUUAAUAGUCUUUGUAAUACAUACAUUCAUGGAAAAAUAUAACUAUAGUUUACUAGUCAGUUAAGAAUAACUAUCCUAGAGGGGAAAAUUACUAGUCCACUCAUAAAAAAGUCUUAACUCUUAAUAUUAUAAACACAUAUACUAUUAAACUAAUCUGGCUGCAGAUUUAUCUCACCUUUGUUAAAUAUAUAGAAUUUAAACAUAUUGCUGCUUUCUUAAAUGGUUCAGGAACAUUACAAUAUAAUACUGUAAUGUUCUCAAAAACCUACAUGAGACAAAAAAAAUACAUAGAUUCUAUCAAAUCAAUUUAUAACAAAACAAAAAUGAA